UUCUUUUUUCGAUUUUCAGAAAUUUCCUUCAGAGUUUGGCAGUGCGGCGGUAGUUUAGAAAUAAUUCCCUGCAGUAGAGUGGGUCACGUGUUUAGGAAACGGCAUCCAUACACUUUCCGAGGUGGUAGUGGUAACGUGUUCGCCAGAAACACUCGACGAGCAGCCGAGGUCUGGAUGGAUAACUACAAGAAAUAUUACUACGCUGCCGUUCCUCUAGCCAAAAAUAUUCCUUUUGGAAAUAUCCAAGACAGACUGGAGCUGAAAGAGAAGCUUCACUAGCCGUUCAAAUGGUACCUGGAGAAUGUGUACCCGGAACUGAAGGUACCCACGAUGUGACCAUGUCCCUGAUCCAGCAAGGACCUGGUGUCUUGACACGAUGGUCAUCUGUCAUCAGGGACUGUGGGCAUCUAUCCGUGCCACAACUCGGGUGGUAACCAG